GCUUCAAACACUGAUUCAAGAAACUGACCCCGGUGCAGAUUACCGUAUUGACCGAGCAUUGAAUGAGGCCUGUGAGUCAGUGAUCCAGACUGCCUGCAAGCACAUACGAUCUGGAGACCCAAUGAUUCUGUCUUGCCUGAUGGAGCACUUGUAUACUGAGAAGAUGGUUGAGGACUGUGAGCAUAGGCUUCUGGAACUGCAGUAUUUUAUAUCUCGUGACUGGAAAUUGGAUACAGUCCUUUACCGCAAGUGUCAGGGAGAUGCCUCCCGUCUCUGCCAUACCCACGGCUGGAAUGAGACUAGUGAGCUGAUGCCUCCAGGAGCUGUUUUCUCCUGCUUGUACAGGCAUGCGUACCGCACAGAGGAGCAAGGAAGGAGGCUAUCACGAGAGUGCAGAGCAGAGGUCCAGAGAAUCCUCCAUCAGCGUGCCAUGGACGUGAAGCUGGACCCAGCCCUCCAGGACAAGUGCAUGAUUGACUUAGGGAAGUGGUGCAGUGAAAAAACGGAGACAGGGCAGGAGCUGGAAUGCCUUCAGGACCAUCUCGAUGACUUGGUGUCUGAUUGCAGAGAUAUAGUGGGAAACCUCACUGAGCUGGAGUCCGAGGACAUUCAAAUUGAAGCCUUGCUGAUGAGAGCAUGUGAGCCCGUUAUCCAGACGUUCUGUCAUGAGGUCGCAGAUAACCAGAUUGAUUCUGGGGACCUGAUGGAGUGUCUAAUACAGAACAAACACCAGAAGGAAAUGAAUGAAAAAUGUGCAAUUGGAGUUACUCAUUUCCAGCUGGUUCAAAUGAAAGAUUUUAGGUUCUCAUACAAGUUUAAAAUGGCUUGCAAGGAGGAUGUGCUGAAACUUUGCCCCAACAUCAAAAAAAAGGUGGAUGUAGUGAUCUGUCUGAGCACAACUGUGCGCAAUGAUACUUUGCAGGAUGCCAAGGAGCACAGGGUCUCUCUGAAGUGUCGCAAACAGCUGCGUGUUGAGGAGCUAGAGAUGACCGAGGAUAUCAGGCUUGAACCAGAACUGUAUGAGGCCUGUAAAAGUGACAUCAAGAAUUACUGCCAAAACGUGCCCUAUGGCAAUGCUCAGAUUAUUGAAUGCCUGAAAGAAAUCAAGAAGCAGUUGAGUACCCGGUGCCACCAGAAGGUGUUUAAACUGCAGGAGACAGAGAUGAUGGAUCCAGAACUGGACUAUACGCUCAUGAGAGUCUGCAAGCAGAUGAUCAAGCGGUUUUGUCCAGAGGCAGACUCAAAAAAUAUGUUGCAGUGUUUGAAACAAAACAAGAACAGUGAAGUGAUGGAUCCCAAAUGCAAGCAAAUGAUUACCAAGCGCCAGAUUACACAGAACACAGAUUACCGCUUAAAUCCAGUGCUCAGGAAGGCAUGCAAAGCAGACAUACCAAAAUUCUGCCAAACUAUCCUGAAUAGGGCCAAGGAUGAUACAGAGCUGGAAGGGCAAGUCAUCUCAUGCCUGAAGUUGAAAUAUGCAGAUCAGCGUCUCUCUCCAGACUGCGAGGACCAAAUUCGAGUGAUAAUCCAGGAAUCGGCUCUUGAUUAUCGGCUGGAUCCCCAACUUCAGAUGCACUGCUCUGAAGAGAUUUCCAGCUUGUGUGCAGAAGAAGCAGCAGCUCAGGAGCAGACUGGGCAGGUGGAAGAAUGUCUGAAAGUGAAUCUGCUGAAAAUAAAGACUGAAAUGUGCAAGAAGGUAAAGGAAGUAAACUGAAUGUGCUCUAAAAG